AAAUGGGAGAUGAAGAAAAAGAGAGGGAAAGGGAGAGAGAGAAAAAGAAAAAGAUAAACAACAAAAAGUGAGUCGAAUGAACUAUCGCUCUCUCUCUCCUUCUCUCUCUUUGUCCGUUAAGAAAUUUUCUUUUAUUCUUAAAGAUCAUUCGAUGAUUAAACUUCCAUGAUUUUCAUUUAGUUCCAAUUCUUAAUCAUGAUUAAUAUUCCCUGUGAGUGUCAUUCACUUCUCGGUGACAAUUAACGUUAAUCACAAUCACUGUUAACAAUUAAACUUUUUCUAUUAACUGGUUAAUAAUAUUAAUCAGUUUUCUCAUAUUGACAAAUGAACUUUGUCAUCAUCGUUUCUCUACCACUGGAAACCAUUUUGGAUUUUAGAUUCUUUUUUUGUUCUAUUCUCUUUUCCAUUUGUCAAUUAUGGUGACCGAUUUUCUCUGUGUUAUUAAUUGUUUCUCAUCUCUAAUUAGUGAUCUUUUUCUCCAUAAUUUAUGAUUAAUCAGUUUGAUGGUGACAAUUAACUGUUUCACUUUUCUCCAUUGCCGAUUGCCUUAAAAUCUGUUUGGUUAAUUUUAUUGUUGUUUCAUUUUUUUUUUAAUUUCUCUAUGUUGGAUUAAUUAAGUGUUCGGUUAAAUGAGUGACUCUAAAUUGUGCCUGAUUUUUUUAACCCUUUUUAAUCAAUUAUGCUACAAAUUUUCUACCCAACAACAAUUUGUGUUCAAAAUAAAUCAUCAAUUUAUUUCCUUCUACUAAUCACCUCAAUCAGUUGGCCUUUCACCUCAGGAAAUAUUCAAUCAAAGUUAAAAGAUGGAAUCAACUGGGUUCAUCAAGCUAUGUCAGAAUCGGAAAGAUUACUCUUUCUUAAUGGAAACAAUCAAGAUAAUGAUUUUCAAAUUGUUGAAUCUUCAAAGAUAUUUACUGGAUCUGAACCAUUAUUAUUACCAUCAAAUAGGAAAUUGGUUAAACGUGAUACUUCAAGAUUAUCAUCUAAAUAUAAUCAAUUUAAAUCAUCUUCAUCUUCAUCAUCAAUACCAAAGUCAUUUAAUGAAACAAUUAAUUCCUAUUCAAAGUUGCCCGAUAAACUUGAUAUACAGUUUAACGUUUUCAAUGAAACAUUUAAUCUACUAUUGGAACGUAAUAAUCACCUAAUUUCACCUCAUUUCACAAUUAAGGAACAAUUUGUUGAUUCCAAUAAUAAUUAUAUUAAUUUUAAUCAAUUCAAUGAUCUCACCAUACAAGAAGCUGAUUGUUUCUAUCAAGGAGUUUGCCUCAACCAUUUAAAUAGUAGUGUUGCCUUAUCAUUAUGUGAUGGAUUGAGAGGAUUAAUUGAGACAAAUUCUGGUAUUUAUGUGAUAAAUCCGAUUCCACCGGGAUUAGCUUCUCAUCCACGAUUUAAUAAUUUAUUUGAUUCUCAAGCUCAUAUAGUCGUUAAAAAAGGAGCACUGGAUGAUUAUCAUUGUCCACAUUCAGGAAAACGAGUUCCAAUUACUUUAAAUUCAUUUACAAAUUACAGCCCACCUUUAACCCCACCCUUACCAUCUCAAUUGCCACCAUUAUCAUCAGCUGAUAAUCAUAAUCGUACUCGUCGAUCAACAAAAGACAAAAUCACCGGAAUCACAGUGGAAACUGCAGUUUUCAUUGAUGAAACUUUAUACUCGAUGAUGCAAAAAACUUUUCCCGGUGACACUGAACAUCAAGUGGUCACUUAUGUCUUGACCAUCAUGAAUGCAGUUCAAUUAUUAUUUAGACAACCAUCACUUGGAAUCUCUGUUAAUAUUUCAAUCGUCCUUCUCGAUAUCCUAAAAACUCAGCCCAAGGAUUUAAUUUCAUCGGAUAAUAUUGACACUUAUUUAACUAAUUUCUGUGUGUGGCAACACAAUAAGCGGACAAUCAACAACCAAAAUGGUGAAUCAAAGUCUCGUUGGGAUCAUGCGUUACUAUUAUCUGGAAUCAACAUGUACGUUAUUGACAAUCAGGGAAGGAAAAAGCGUCAUGUUGUUGGACUUGCACCGGUCAGUGGGAUGUGUAAUUCACUUAAUAGCUGCACAAUUAGUGAAGGGACCAGUUUCCAAACUGUUCUGGUCGCUGGACAUGAAAUGGGACACAGCUUAGGAAUGGAGCAUGAUGGAAAUCAGGAUGGUAAUUUAUGUGAUCAUGAUAAUUUCAUCAUGUCACCUACUUUGGGUGCUGGUAAAACGUCGUGGUCAUCAUGCAGUCGAGAAUAUCUAGAAAAGUUUAUCGAACAGCCUCAAGCCUCGUGUGUUCUAACACCGACUUCGAGUGUUAACAUUUUAAGUUCCUUUUCCUCGCAACCCGAAUCAACCAAAUUACCUGGACAAUUGUUCGAUGCUAAUCAACAAUGUGUCCUACGUUUUGGUUCUGAUAGUCGUCGAUCUCUUGUUCAACCCGAAUCAGAUGUUUGUCGAUCACUUCGAUGUGACACCGGAACCGCUCGAAAUGUUGUCGCCCUUUAUGCUCACCCAGCACUGGAAGGUACAAAUUGUGGUGAAGAUAAGUGGUGCCGUGAGGGUAAAUGUAUCACUCGAGUAAAUUCAAUCGAAACAGCUGAAAGUAAAAUAAUCUACAGCAAUUCAAAUAUGAUCACCACCAUUCCCGCCCCAGAAACUUUUCUCAAAGAUGAACCUAAAGUCCAACUUUGGUCCGACUGGUCAAGUUAUACUCAAUGUUCAUCCGAUUGUGUUGUAAAAGGUCACUUAAAACCGUUCGGUGUUAUGGUCUCCAUCAGAACUUGUAAUGUUCCUUCAUCAGAACCACCUCCGCCAUUACCAACACCAACAUCAUCAAUUACAGAAUCAUCAUUAAAUUUGACAACAAUUGAAUCAAAAUCACCGUCAAUUGAAUCAACAUCAUCUCAGAAAAUCAAUGAAACAAUUUCAUGUACAGGAAUUGAUAGAAGACUCAAAAUUUGUGAUGCAUCUCAUCAAUGUCGUUCACAACCUCAUAAAAUAAUGGAAAUUGAAAAUUACGUUCAACAAAUUUGCACAUCAGCUUCACAACGAGACCCGAUGAUUAAACCGCUUGGGACUCAAUUCCCAGGAUAUGGGUAUACUCAUUCCUGCUAUGUUUGGUGUCACAAACGAGGUGGAGGAUUAAUCACUCACGGAUGGAAAGUACCUGAUGGGUCACCUUGUGGAUCAAGUGAAUCACAAUUAACUAAUCAAUUUUGUUUCAAUGGUGAAUGUAAAUCUUUUGAUUGCUCAGGUAAAUCAUUAGAUUCAUCUGACAUUGAACCUUGUUCAAAAAUAUCAGUUGAUAAGACAAAUCAAGAGGAAUCAACCGAUUUCUGGAACAUAUAUUCAGGCCCAUGGAUUGGUACCAGUAGUUGUCGUUAUCCUUGUUUAUCGGGAAGUCGAGGAUUAAGAUUAGUAACCAAAGAGUGUAACCCAUUUGGAUUUUGCCAUAGGAAAAAAGAUUCAUUCCAAUUAUGUUCUAGUUCUGAUGUCGCUUGUCCAAAGAGAUCAAUUAAACCGGUGGACAAAUAUGCCGAUGAUUUAUGUACCAAGUAUAAGAUCAAAUAUCCAACACUAUUGAGCGGUAAUGGAAGACAAUUACCUCCAAGACCUGAUAAUCCACAUUCGAGUUGUGUGAUCGCCUGUCAGGACAGAGUUUGGAAAGAUAUGCAUUACCAAAUGGACGCUUUCGAUGAUGGCAAAUUCCCUCUGGGCACAAAGUGCUCAUUGGGAUUUAAUUUGGGAAAAAAGGCUUAUUGUGUUAAUGGUCAGUGUGUCCUGUUUGAUGAAAAUGAUUUACCUUUAAUUGAAGGCGAAUCUAAUAAAGUGGAAAAUAUUAAAAUCCUCUUUGGACGAAAGCACCAAUUUCUUAAUCGCCAUCGACGAUCAUCAAACAGUUUACAGAUCACUAAUUCCACUUUUCCAGUUAAUUUAAAUUCUUCUGGUCAACCAGGCAAUAGUAAAAUCUUUGAUGACAAUAAUCAAAUUGAGAAUAAUAAAUUGUCCAACCAAAGUGGAUUCGUUAACAGAGAAAUGAAAAUGUAUUCAUGGGGCAUUUCAGUUUCCUCGUGCUCUCAUCCCUGUGGUGGGGGUAACCGGACAUUCAGUGUCCAUUGUAAUAAUGGACAUACAAUAGUAGCCGAUCAUUUCUGUGAUUUGAUUAAAAAACCGCCAAGACUAAUUAAUACAGUUGAAUCGUGUAACAAUCAACCUUGUGAUGGAGAAUGGAGAUUUGAAGAUUGGAGUCAAUGUUCAGCUUCAUGUGGUCAUGGAUACCAAACUCGGACUGUUGUUUGUUUACGUAAAUUAGUUGAAGGUGUGGACACAAUUUACUCAAUUAUUUCACCUAAUUAUUGUUCACCAUUGACAAGACCUAAAUCAUUGCGACUUUGUAAUUUACCUUCAUGUUAAUUUUAACCGAUGAUCAUUGUUUUACUUGAUAACAAUUCAAUUAUUCAUCAUCAUAACUAUCAAGUUGUUUAAACUCACACAUUGAUUGAAUUUAUGAUAAUUGUUAUAACAAUUAAUUUUUUUUUUCUAACUGGACUCAUAUGAAUAUACGUUGUAAUUGAAAUCAAUGGUUGUGUCAAAAUAUUUUAUAUAUUUAGCAAUAAUUAAUUGUAACCCUUU